AUGAGAGAUCUGUGCAGCACCCAGAGCCAAGCCUGCUGGCAGGAGCGCAUCUGGAAGGAGAUGGCAGCCCGGGUGGCCUGGAAGAUCAGCUACGGCCACAAGUACCCGAAGGAGGGGCCCGUGCCCAGGAAGCGGCUCCAGCGGGCCCCCCUCAGGUUAGCCUUGGGAGCCGGGCCCUUGGCUGCCACCAGCUCCCCUGAGAGCAGGGAGGUACAGGAUGGAGGGCCCAAGACCAAGGGCGUCUGGGAUCAGCUGUCCAGGGGAGUGGGCGUCCAGGGCCCCGCGCCCAAGGGAGACGAGGUCUGGGAGGCCCGCAGAGCCGCUCGGGGGCCAGCAGUCCAGAGCAGGCCAGAGGGCUUAGGAAUGAGGCAGGUCCCCCCCAGCACCCUGCAGCUGCUCUUCCAAGGCAUCUCCCACGACGGCCAGGGCCGAGCCUCGUACCUCCGUGAGCGGCAUCGGCAGAAGCCGGAGGAGAAGUUUCUGUACCCGAUCUUGUCAUCCUGGGAGUACGGCUGGCACAUGGGGGACACCAUGAAGGACACCAGGGCUCCAACGUAUGCCAGGUGCCAGCCCAUCUCAAAGACCUUUUACGUCAAAAGUAGCGUCUUCCAUUUUCCACGGCGAACAGACCAACUAAGCUGAACUCACUGGGGGUUCAGAGGCUGCUCCUGCCUCUUCCUAGAGUCUGUCUGGACCCCGCUGAGCAGAGACACUGCCAGCUCCACACACCCUUCCUCUGUUCUGUCCAGCCCUGCUCCUCUGCUGAGUGGGGGGGGGGUCGUGAGUGCUUUUCUCUACCUCUGGGACUCAGGGUGGCCCACCUGCUGCCUCUUGGAUGUCCCCAGGGACCUCAGCUCCCUGCAGAGUCCCACCCCCACCCCCACCAGCAAGGCGUGGGGUGCUAGCCGCUGUCCCGGGGGAAACAGCGGAGUCUCCAAGUGCUCCAGCAGCCGAGCUGGGGCAGGGGAGGGACUUGCUAAGAUCUUAGGGUGCUAAGUGGAAAAGGGCAGUAUUUCUCCCAGUCUUGACUCUCUCUACAUUGUCGUGAAGGGACCCACAGCAGAUUGCUUGGUCCCAGUGUAUUCCACAGUUUAAGGAGGAAACAGUUUCCAUGUUUCCAUGUUUACUUACUGUUUCUUUCACGGUCCCCCCACCAUCCCCCCAAAACCUGCAUGGGUCAGGUUUGUCUCACUUUUGUAACAAAUUGCCAUGACAUCCCAGUUGCUUUAACCAAUAAAGAUGUACUUCUUGUAGCACAGUGCGCUCUGAUGCUCGGUGGGCAACAUGCUGCACAUUGACCCGGGAGCCGGGCCUCUCCCAUCUGGUGGCUCUGGCGUCUCCUAGGACCUCAAGGUCCUUCCCUG